AUGGAACUUGAUCAUGUCACCCUACUACGGCUGGGAACUUUUGAGACGAGGCAUGACGGCACAAAAUACGGUGAAGAAUACGACUCUAUUCAAAGGCGAUGGCAUGCUCGGGCGCACACUCAUGCUCACACCACUUUCUUUCUUGACAAAUGGAAACUGCCAUUCAGCAACAAGCGCAAGCGCCAGGCGCGAUCCAUCCAACCAUCCAUCCACUUGCAUGGGUUCUUUUCCUCCAUCUACACUGCAUACACUGAUGCCAUGCGCCCCAUGUUCAUCAGCAGCACAGGGUGUAGUGCCCCAUUGGCAUGUUGUUCGUGUUACACAAGAAAGGGUCAUCAAUGCAACCCAACUCCCUCGGUUGAGUUCGCCGAGACCGGGCGUAACACCGGAGAAGGGGACAAAAAAAGAUUGAAAGAUCCAGUUGACAAAAAAGAGAGAGGAAAUGGGAUGGCGCCUCUGGAAAACCCAGUGGCUCGGAUACGCCUUGUCCUGUUGGACCGUUAG